AUGACCCAGUGUGAUCACAUGACCCAGCGUGAUCACAUGACCCAGCGUGAUCACAUGACCCAGUGUGAUCACAUGACCCAGCGUGAUCACAUGACCCAGCGUGAUCACAUGACCCAGCGUGAUCACAUGACCCAGUGUGAUCACAUGACCCAGCGUGAUCACAUGACCCAGCGUGAUCACAUGACCCAGCGUGAUCACAUGACUCAGUGUGAUCACAUGACCCAGUGUGAUCACAUGACCCAGUGUGAUCACAUGACCCAGCGUGAUCACAUGACCCAGCAUGAUCACAUGACCCAGCGUGAUCACAUGACCCAGCGUGAUCACAUGACCCAGCGUGAUCACAUGACCCAGUGUGAUCACAUGACCCAGCGUGAUCACAUGACCCAGUGUGAUCACAUGACCCAGUGUGAUCACAUGACCCAGCGUGAUCACAUGACCCAGCGUGAUCACAUGACCCAGCGUGAUCACAUGACCCAGGAGUGUGUGAUCACAUGA